UUUUUUCUCUCCAUGAUUUUAUUAUCGGUUUAGAAUUAAUUUAACUUGUAAUUUCGCUUUUAUAUAUAUAUACCGGGCGGAGGUGGGCAUUCGCUACCGGAAAUCGAGAGGCUCAAAUCCAAUAUAGAUUGACCAAUAAAUAGAUCUUGAGCCGACACAAGAGUCACGUCACAGAAUCGGCUGCUCUGUAGUAUUUGCAGCUUACAAGCCUACCGCAUCUUGUCUUCUGGCAAAGCUUAUCGUGACACCGUUUCGGCCGCAUUAAGCCGGGCAACGGCCGGGUCGGACACCCGUUGUGUCCGUUCUUCCAUCGUCAGGGCUUUAUUUCGCUUUAGUCGUCGUUUGGCUCGUCGAUUCCAGUAACCAUUUCGCAGAUUUCGACCGUAUCGUAGCAGCGGAUGCAGUGAGUCCUCUGUAUCCUCUCUGCGCCACACGCAGCGAUUAAUCAACCGCCAUCCUCCCGCUUGGAAAAUUUAUACCCUCACUAAGCUUGGCUCGAUGUAAAACAUCAUGAUAAUCAGCAUAAAAUUCACAAAAUUUGACAACACACCAUGGGGUUUCCGACUAGCAGGUGGCAGCGAUUUUCCGCAGCCGCUUACUGUUAUAAGAAUCACAGAAGGGAGUCUGGCCGAAUGUAUGGGUUUAAAAGUUGGAGAUAUUGUAGUAAGAUUAAACGAUCAGCCGAUUAGCAAUUUAACUCACGGACAAGCACACGAGGCACUCAUGCAUGCUGGCAACAACUUUGUUCUAGCUGUACAAAGAGACGAAGAGGCACGAAAGGCCGUCGAAGCGAUAUCGGAAGAGAACAUCGUCCCAUAUAAGAUCGCUCUUGCAGACUUACCGCCAGUCUUCCCAGAACAGAUCUUAAAAGAGGAGACAGUGAUCGAGCGGUACGAGGAAGAGAAGACCGUCGUCGAAUCGUUAUCCGCCGAAGACGAGACCAGGCAAGAGGAGGAAAAGCUCGCGGAGGAGAAACCAGUGGACGCCAACAGCGAGAUCGUGCCCAACAAAAAUCUCACGGAUGAUGAGAUUGCGCAGCUAAUCCUCGAGGAAGAGGAACUCUUAUCCGAUAAAGGAUUAUUGGGAGUAAACUUUAAAAAGCUACGACCGCGUGUCCCGAUCCUGAAAGAUUCGAAGGUCCUGGAGGAGCUGCAACACAUCGCAACAGCCGAGCCGGAACGGACGCAAGAGCUGAAACGCACCUCCACUUUUUUGCAGAAACCACAGCGACCGGUACCAAAGCCAAAGUGUGAACAGAAAAUUGAAGAGGACGACAUCGAGGGUUACAAGGUCGUAAUCAAGAAACAAGACAGGAAGACGGUGAUUGCGCGUCUUGUAGAAAAGGGUUUGCUGCCGCCAGGAUCAGAGGCGAGUAUCGCUAGGACGCCGGAACCAUUGGAAACAUCUGAGGUAAAAAUGCAUGAAACGAAGAACCGGCUCGAGGAAGAUCGUCCCCCUAGAUCAAAGCAGGAAGGAAGAUCUGAAUCAAGUUUGUCGAAGGAAGAAGAAGAAGAGAAAAGUGACAAAACUGACGAAUUUAAAACGGAAGAGAGAUCCGAGAAAUUCGAAAAGGAGGAAAUUUGUCGUUCUGAAUCCCGCGCAGCUGAAUCCAACCAGGACGAAGAACCAGCAUUCAAGAAAGAGUCUAGCCUUUCAACAACGGAUCAAGCGGCGACGAAAGCUGACAGUGAGAAAAUCAAGGAACUGGUGUCCACAGAAUUUAGCCUUGAGCAGCAGCUAGAAAACGUGCAACGGCAAUUGCUUGCUCUGAAACAGCUACCAAGCGAAAUUGAGAAUCACCUGAGGAUCGUAUCCGAGCAACUGCACAAGAUCAUGGAAUUGAGUGGUAUACAACAGUCCUUCAGCAACGGAAGCGGCAGCCAUCGCGAAUCACCAGGAAAGAAUAUCGUACAGCAAAAAGAUGAAGAAAAGUUAAACGAACAGGAAGAGGAUACUGAUGAAGAGGAUGAAGAAUUUACGGAAACUUAUGAUUAUAUCGAAGAGAUUGCAUGCUUGGAGCGAAAGACGUCAACGAGGUCAACACCACAAAUGAUGGAGCCUAGUGACGAUGAAGGAGAAAUGGAGGAAGAGGAAGUAGAGAUGAAGGAAUUGGACGGUACGAUUUCCGUGAAAAGCGCAGAUGAGGAAGGGAAUAGAGUGAAGAAAUUCAUUGUUUCUUAUGAGACUAAACUUUUGAAAUCGCCUAGUCCGGCACCAUCGCAUGGAAGUUUCGAACCAGAUCCUAAACUGUCACCAAAAGACCAAGUUAUACAGGAAUUACAGCAAAAAGUGCACAAGAAAGGUAAAAAGCAUUCGCAAGAUCUUUGGCCUCAAGCUAAGCAGCUUGAACUUACGCAAGGUCGCAGAUGGAGAUGCCCGAAUGAUUUCUUCAAUGACGAGAUGAUUGCUGAAGUAUUGUCUUGUCAAGCAGAAGUCAUUCGUGGUAAAACAAUGGGAGUAAAUUUUAAGAAGUACGAGAAAACAAAUUUACCAAACUAUGACUACCUGAUGAAUUCAAGCGUCUAUAAGAUGAUUCAUAAAAUGGAACGAGAACCGAAAAAGGGUAUCCCUGCGAGACCUGCUAAAGUCAAUGCAGCUGAAGAUAUAAUAGAGAGAGUUAAAUCACCGGCAUUGAGCGUUGUAGACGACAGAAGCACUCGAAGCGUUAGUCACUAAUGCAACCAUAAAGUGAUCAUAAAUGACUAAUAUUAUAGUUUGUA